GCUCGGCCUGAAAGCAAUUCACUCUGAUGACGUCACUCGCAGAGUUGUCAUGGCGUCUUUGGGACUGAAGCUGCUGCUGCAAUUGAGCUAAAAAUCUGUCGACAGUCUGUAAAUCGAAAUGGAGAAAAAUGCAAACCUGCAUCGAGACACUGACGGGAGCACGCUGUGUGCCACGACUGCAGGAGAGAUGGGCGAUGUUACGGCUGUCGGUGGAGUGAAAGGAACAGCCGAGAAAUGCAAGAAUAGUGAGGCUCCUCUCAGUACUUUGGUCAACGUUAGUUGUAAUAACAGCACCACAAAUGUUAGUGCUCCCAGCACCGUGAAUGUCAUUUCCAGUGCUGGGAAGUCUGACGUGCUAGAAGUGAUCGAAGUCCUCCAUGUGCAGGAGGAUCAGAAAAAGGACACCAAGACGAGCGGGUCGGGGUCCGGGGAUCAGAUCAGUAACGGGAUGGGGCAUGACUCGGUGCUGGCUGCAAGAGAUAGCGAGGGUGGUGCCUCAAAGUUAGUAAACAACAAAACCGACGGUGCAUCCUCACCUCCUGCUAAGGAGGGCACAUAUGUGCAUGCUGAGGUGUUGGCUUGUGGAAAAAGUGAACCGACAAAACUUGCCAAACCGACUCAUCUGUGUCCGGGCAAUGCAAUCACAGCACACGUCAAAUUGGCGCUGUCCGGUGAUCACACCUUAUCGGAGGGAUUGCCGAGUGGGAGUGACCCCGAUCACAGCCUCGGUGGAGAGUCCCGAAGCAUAGAUUCACUCGAGUCCUUCUCCAACCUCAACUCCUGCCCCAGCUCAGACCUGAACAGUGAGGGACUGGAGGACAGAGGACUGGCCCUGGCCCUGCAGGGCGAGUAUGGGGCUGAUGGGACAAAGACUGCUAAGGACCGGGCCGCCGGGCAGUCUAUAUACCACAUUAAGUGGAUCAAGUGGAGGGAGGAGAAUACGCCGAUCAUCACCCAGAACGAGAACGGCCCCUGUCCAUUACUGGCAAUUAUGAAUGUCCUUCUGCUUGCAUGGAAGGUUAAGAUGCCACCUAUGAUGGAAAUUAUAACUGCUGAGCAACUGAUGGAGUAUCUUGGAGACUACAUUCUGGAAACCAAGCCUAAAGAGAUAACCGAGGCUCAGCGGCUAAACUAUGAGCAGAACAUGAGUGAUGCCAUGGCAGUGUUGCACAAGCUGCAGACGGGUCUGGAUGUGAACGUGAAGUUCACAGGUGUGCAAGUCUUCGAGUACACCCCAGAAUGCAUCGUGUUUGAUCUGCUUGACAUCCCUCUGUACCACGGCUGGCUGGUUGACCCCCAGAUGCAGGACAUUGUGAAGGCAGUGGGAAACUGCAGCUACAACCAGCUGGUAGAGAAGAUAAUAUCCUGCAAACAGUCAGACAACAGCGAGCUGGCAGGGGAAGGCAUCGUGGCAGAGCAGUUCCUGAGCAGCACAGCUACUCAGCUUACGUACCACGGCUUAUGUGAGCUCACAUCCACCGUACAGGAGGGAGAGCUCUGCGUCUUCUUCAGGAAUAACCACUUCAGCACCAUGAUCAAAUUCAAGGGCCAGCUGUACCUCCUGGUUACAGACCAAGGUUUCCUGACGGAGGAGAAGGUCGUCUGGGAGAGUCUGCACAACGUCGACGGAGACGGCAACUUCUGCGACUCCGAGUUCCGGUUGCGACCUCCGUCCGAUCCAGAGACUGUGUACCGCGGCCAGCAGGAUCAGAUAGACCAGGACUAUCUGAUGGCGCUGUCGCUGCAGCAGGAGCAGCAAAGCCAGGAUCUACAGUGGGACCAGCUCCCCGAGGGAAUCAGUGACCUAGAGCUGGCAAAAAAGCUUCAGGAGGAGGAGGACCGACGAGCCUCCCAGUACUACCAGGAGCAAGAGCAGGAGCAGGCGGCGGCAGCAGAAGCAGCAGCAGCAGCAGCUGCACAGCCACAGCAGGGCCAGCAGGAGCCUGCCGAGGGAGACGAUGCGGACAGAGGAGGUGCAGGAGCGGGCGGAGCAGCAUCCGGCGCUGGGACGGCAGCAGCAGCUGGAGCCACGCCCAGCCAGGGAAAGCAGUCCUCUAGCGUGGAGCGCAAAGCCAAGAAAGAAUCGAAGGAUAAAGACAAAUGUGUUAUUUUGUAACAUACAGUGUGUCUGUGUGAGUAUGUUGUGCAUUUGCUUAUCUGUGAGAAAGGGGACCGCAUUUGUUUCUCCAUGGACUGGACACACAACGCGCAGCCCCGGCUUGACGACAAACAAGGGAAGGAGACGUUUUGAGGAGAGAUGCGUCAAGACUAACGGAGGAUUUGCUGUUCCCAAACCACUGGUGCCUGCUAUCCUCUAUCUUCAGUGGAACCUGGACAUCGGAGGGAGGGACACUACAACGACAACUACCCCUUAUCUUUCAUACAGUUGGCCAAACUUUGUUACAAGUCGCACAGUGCACUAUAUUUGUGAUGUGGGAUCGAGUUUAUUCGGGGUGGUAUAUUUUAUAGCAAAAGACAUAAUCUGAAGAGACAAAACGUCACCCUCUCACCGUGUUCUUUUCCCAAAACAAACCCAUUAAUUUCAUUCAUGUGUCAUUACUGCAGCUUAUAAGCUUUUUUUGUACGUAUCGACAUUUACAAAACGUGUAUAGACAGACCCACGUUUUUUAAGUUGAAACGAAGAUUCACAUUUUAUUUAUGUAUCUGUGUAAGAGGACGUUUUUGGGAGAGGUUUUAUUUUUUUUUCUGUAAACUGAGAAGGAUUUGCUCAUAAUAUUGCCUGUUGGAAAUCGGUGUAACACUAUUUGUGUCCCCUCCGAAACACUAUGUACCUAAGGGUUAGUUAAUGCCAGAUAGCUGCCAGAUAAUGUAGCUGCGGAACAAUACUCAUCACAGCUUGCCCUGUUCAGAUUUGCCUUACCAGAGUAUGGCAGUGUUGUAUUCUGCUCUGUUUGAAUGUGAGAGUGUUUGUUUUCAUUCGUAUUGUAUGUACAGUUCACGUGUGGUAUACACAUUUACUGAGCAUCGCUGAUGUAACAACUUUCAAUUUGGUUAAUAGACAAAUCUUUUGAGUUCUUGUCUUUUUAUGUUGUGAUUUUUAUUUCACAACACUCAGUCAAACUGAGAAGAACUUUGCUGAUUUUUAACUGAGGAAUUUGGUCUGAAUCUGAAGUUGUUUCCGUGUCAGACAUGACUAUCUUUGGGCAGAUUAGACUCAUUUUAGAUCGCACCCAGUUUAGAGUAUAUGGUAGUUCUGAAAGUCUCUCAUUGUAGCUUCCUGAAGAGCUGGUGUGUGUGUGUGUGUGUGUGUGUGUGUGUGUGUGUGUGUGUGUGUGUGUGUGUGUGUGUGUGUGUGUGUGUGUGUGUGUGUGUGUGUGUGUGUGUGUGUGUGUGUGUGUGUGUGUGUGUGUGUGUGUGUGUGUGUGUGUGUGUGUGUGUGUGUGUGUGUGUGUGUGUGCUAUCAUGAUCUCCUCUGUUUGGUUCUGGAUGUAGAAGUUUCACUGCAGCCAGGUUUGAAGGAGAAAUACUGCAGAAUUCAUGUACAUGUAAUCUUAACUAGGAAAGUUCAAUUGUUAUUUGUGAACCUGAAUCCAAACCCGAAACAUCUGUGACACCGAGAUGUGCAACACAAGUUCCAUCUCCAGGUACAAUGUUGGGAACCUGGACUUGUGUCAUGUCGCAGGUGUGUCGUGAAGACAUUUUCUUCCUCCGUUCUCCACAAUUUUUUCUAGCCCCCUUCUGAGUAGAAAAUCACAAAUGUAAAAUUCAGAGACGGACAAAUUAAUUUCUUAUUUGUGGAAAAAUAAGGCCUAUUAAAUAAAGUUCACAAACAACUGUCCUGGGGGCUUAGGAUAUACAAUCUGAAUUAUGCCGUAUCACCUUUUAACUUGCGUGCAUUACACUGCAGCAUGCAAACACGUGAUGUACAUAUUUACCUAAUGCAUUCUUAUAAUCGCUUUAGCUAGUGGUUUGUGCCAUUAUUGUACCAUGGGACUGCCUCCUGAGAAACUUUUCUAUCUAUACAUUCCAAGUGGAUGCCUUGACUCAAGCCUUCUGUUACAGACUGAGGGAGACGGCUGUCAGAGGAGGUCUUUGCAGUGCUUGUAAAGUAGUCUCCGUUAUUUAGUUCAGUGAGAACGAGUUCACUGUCGGGACAGGAUAAUUACACGGAGGCAGCAGGCUACCUACUGUGUGGGAAAGCCUUUCUCAUGGGCUUCACGUAAUGGCUGGAGUUUGAGCUCUAUGUUUGUUUGGCCCUGACAAGGCUGUGUUUUUGUGUAUGUAUGUGUGUGUGUGUGUGUGUGUGUGUGUAUAUAUAUAUAUAUAUAUAUACACACACACACACAUUUCAACACAUUUUGUAGGACAAAAGGAAGCGGGCAUAUUUAGGAGAACGAGACAAUCCAUGCAUUUCUUUUCACAUGAACAUCAGAAAUACUCUCAGGCCUUUUGUGAAGGGACAAAUCCUCCAGUGUCUUUUAUGUAUCGGCACAGUUCCUUGGCCUGUAGUCACUUUCUAAGUCGCAACUUUAAGUAUCUGCUCAUGUAUACACACGAGAACUAUUUUGACACUUUGAAGGACACUUUAUUAUUUAAGACCCUCAUUGUUAAACGUCACUCUUUAAAAAAAAUGAAUUAAGCUGCUCUUGUGUUAACUUGGACUACCUGAGAGAAAAUAAAAACCUUAGACGGGGUUAAAAAACAUUUGUUGGUUAUGUACAUUUUUUAUUGACUCCUUAGCCGUAUUUUUUUCCAUGCAACUUAAAUAAAUAACACGUAUAAUAAUGAUAAGGUGAACGCAAGAAGGCAGAGGGGAAACGUUUGACAAUAUUGUGCUUUUUUUUUUUGUCUCUCUUUUCUGAGUUUCACCUCAUUUAUAACUCAUCAAGUGAAGAUACUGAUUAAACGUUCCAGAGGAAUAUUUAAGAAAUGUAACUUCACUUCGGACAGUUUGAAUUGAGAAUUGUUGAGUUUCUAUGAGUGAAAAGAGCGCGGAGCGACACAUGCUACACAUUUUUAUUAUUAUUUCAUAUUUACUCCUGUGCAUUAGCUUGCUAUCCCUCAUCAUUACUACCAGAAUUUGAUAUUUUGUUGUAAUGUGUUUGUUUCGCCCUAGAUCCUAAGACGAAUUGAUCAGAAGGAUAUUGUGUGUUCAAUGUCUCAAAGUGGUUUUUAAUUGUAUGCCUUGUAAAAGUGACGGUGGGGUAAAUGCUGUAAAAUUAGUGUUUUGACAAGAUGGUCGUUGAACAAAUAGUCGUUGUAAUUGGUUUUGCACUGUUACAUUGAUAUGCACUAACAGAAGAGAAACAUACCUCAUUUUAUACAAAACAUAAAUUGUGCAAGAGUGCUAUUGUCCUUUGGGUACCUUUUAAAAACAGAAAAAUGGCCAAAAUAAUUAUCUUAACAUGGUAGCGGUUUCUUAAACCAGCUGAUAAUAUUAAUUUAUAAAAAUAGAUAUAUUUAAAAGGGCUGUUACUUUUUUUUUUUGGCUAAAAAUGAAGGUACAUUUGUCAAAGAAAAUAGUACCACUUCAAUGGAACUUGCUGCAAUUUGAUAUAUUCAGGUUAGUGGUACACCUAUACCAGACAAAAGGCCUGAGUACCAGCACACAGCUCAUAGAUGACGAGGAAGAUGUGAAUUACAACGACAGGUAGAUGGAUUUCAUUCGAAUGGUCCAACAGAAGCAGUUUUUCUACAAAGUACGGAAGAAAAUAUGUAAACAACACUGGUACUCAACUCAAUCAGCAAAAAAAUGGUGUAGGUGCACCCCUAAUUCAGGUCAUUAUUUUUCCAGUCCAGAGUCCAUCUUUCACAAUUAUGCUCAAACUUUGACAAACAAAAAAGGGGAAAAGGCUGAUUUCUAAAGGCUUCAGUGUUGUCAUCCAUGUAGCAAAAGGAGGGAAAUGUUUAUUCUUGUUGUAUGAGACACACAGAGUGCUGAACCAUCUAAAGGGAGACGUUUUCUUUAAUGUAAUAGCUCCCAGAUUGUACUUUGUGGACUGAAACGUUAGGCAGAGUAAAAUGUUAUUAACUACCCCAAAAAUAUGAUUUCCAUUGUACGGCCCACUGUUUAUAUUUCACAUAAAACAUACAAGCAGAA